AUGGAGAUCAUGGAAAUGGUAGAGAAAGAUGCUGAGUUGAGAAGAUGUGCCUUCAAUCCUUCUUCUCCCGCUUGGAAAUGUGUUAUUUAUCAAUUGUUACUAAAGAUCAUGGAGAAGACAGAAAAAGAAGAUUUACAUCUCGUAUGCAUUAGCGCUAUUGGGAAUUUGACAAGGACAUUUGAGGAAAAAGAGACAAGGAUGAUUGGUCCAUUGGUAAGGUUUCUCGAUGUAGGAGAAUCUGGUGUUACCUUUUAUGCACCCACAGCGGCUUGCAUUGCCCUCACAAAAUUUGCUUGUACAGACAACUAUUUUCACUUUGAACAUUCCAAGGCAAUAAUUAGUGCUGGAGGUGCAAAACACUUUAAUCAAGAUUCUGUAUCACGGGGAAGAGAUUUUUCUGUAUCACCGGGAAAAUAUUGUUCAACUUUACUGUAUGUAUCGGAGAGCGAAGAGCUUGCCCAGGCUGAGGUGCUCGCUGCGCUUUCAUGGGCAUCCAAGCAAUCUUUUAUGACCAAAUAUGAAGAACUGAACAGAUUGAUGAGCAAGGAAUCCCAGCAGUCAUAUGACCAAAGAUGA